GACAAUGAAGGUACUCAUCAAGGAAGAAGAAAAAGUUGGCUAUAAUUAUAAAGAAUGGCCAAUACCCGAACCACAAGAUGGAGAAUUACUUGUUAAAGUACUGGUAUCUUCAAUAUGUGGCUCAGAUAUAGCACUCUAUAACUGGAACGAAGUGGCAAAGAAUAUAGCUACAUUGCCAUUUAUGCCAGGACAUGAGUGUGUUGGUGAGGUAGUUAAUGUUGGGCCAGGGUGUGGUGAUGAAUUCCAAGUUGGUAAUCAUGUGUGCUGUGAAAAUCACUUUUACUGUGGAGAGUGCUACCAGUGUCUGCAUGAUCAAAGGCAUAUCUGUCAAAACUUAAAUCAGUUUGGACAUGGAAGAGGAACAAUUUACGGAGGCUGUUCACAGUUUACCAUAAUUCCCGCUCGGUAUGCCUACCGACUAAAAACAAACCUUGAACCAAGAAAAGCUUGUCUAUUAGAGCCAUUUGGAGUUGCGCAUCAAGCGAUGGAAGCAUUAAAACCAUCCAAGGAGACAGUUCUUGUUAUAGGCUGUGGACCUGUUGGUCUCCUUGCAGUGGGGAUUGCUAAAGCAAUGGGUGCAGAAAAAAUMAUUGCUACAGAUAUCAAUCCUGACAGACUUGAAAAGGCAAAGCAAAUGGGUGCUGAUGUGUUAGUGAACAAUUUGGAGGAAAAUCUCAAAGAAAUAGUUCUUAGGGAAACAUCAGGAGAUGGUGCUGGAAGAUUGGUGGAAUGUUCUGGUUCACCUAAUAUGGUGAACAGUAGCUUUUCUUUUCUAAGAAAAGGAGGGAGAAUUGUUCUUGUUGGGUUACCAAAGGCACCUCUCCAUGUUGAAAACGUGUUGUCUGAUGUCAUCUUCAAGUCUGUCACGUUGAAGACUGUCCACGGUCGAAAGAUCUUCAGCACAUGGGAAAAGUCAGAGCAACUCAUUUAUCAGAACAAGGUUAAUGUGACUCCACUUAUAACACAUGAACUGCCAAUGAGUCAAUAUGAWAAGGCAUUUCAGUUGCUUUUCAAAGGAGAAGGUUGCAAAAUUCUAAUGGAUCCACAAAGCUGACGUACUUAUACAAAUUUAAAGUUGACUAUUUUUAUUCAUAAAAUUAAUAAUAUAAAUCCAAAUGCAAUAGAUGCAAUUAAUCUGUUAAACAAAUAAUACUAAUUAUUUCUAGAAUUUAGUAGUAAUAACACUUUUUUGUACUUUUUGAGUUUUACAGUUUAAGUGCAUCCRCUCUAUYGAAAUUUAGGAAAUAUAUACAAUAMUGAAGAAUGUUUUAUAAAAAUGUAAAAUAGAUCAAUUCUGAAUUAAAAGGAGAUUUUAUC